CAAACGCAUCGACUCUCGUCGGUCCUAUCGGCUGAAUGUCCCUCGGAAAUCCCGUUCAUUCGGCCCGGAAUCUUAUCGGCAGAGACGAAAUGGAUCACGCGGGGUCUUUUUUUCUCCAAGCUACCGCAGAGGACAACUCAGCGUUUUGUGUCCCAGAAAUCCCAGAAAAAUACUCUUCAACUCAUAGAAGACGGAAUCUGGAAAUUGGAAGACAACAUCGGGGAUUUUGAACACGUACACUCACAACAACAUGCCUCUUCCUCAAUUACUCGUGGGCAAGGUUGCGGCCAUUACGGGUGGUCUCACCGGCAUUGGACGGGCAAUCGCCCUGGAAUAUCUCCGCCAUGGUGCUAAAGUCGCGAUUAGCCACUUGGGCGGCCCCAAAGAGGACAACCUGUUGGAAGCUCUUCGCAAGGAGGUAAACGAGAUCGAAGAAGGUGCCGAUAAGACAAGAUUCAUCACCGUUACGGGAGACAUCUCACAGCCCGAGACGGGCAAGAAUUUCGUCGCCAAGACGGUCGAGGCAUUUGGCCGCUUGGACGUGUUCGUUAGCAAUGCUGGAGUUUGCCAAUUCGCCGAUUUCCUAGAACUCGAACCCUCCCUCCUCAACCACACCGUCUCCACCAACCUCUCCGGCGCAUUCUUCGCCACUCAAGCUGCAGCCCGACAAAUGGCCCUCGCUCAAUCCCCGCCGGGAGGCUCUAUCAUCGGUAUUAGCUCGAUCUCCGCGCUCGUGGGCGGUGGCGAACAAACACACUAUACCCCAACCAAGGCCGGUGUCCUGAGUCUGAUGCAGUCGUGUGCCGUCGCAUUGGGCAAACACGGAAUUCGUUGCAAUGCCCUCCUGCCCGGAACGAUUCGCACGCAAUUGAAUGAUGCCGAUUUGGCGGAUCCGGAGAAGAGGACGUAUAUGGAGGGUCGAAUUCCUCUGGGACGAUUGGGUCAGCCGCCAGACUUGGCUGGGCCGGCUGUGUUUUUAGCUUGUGAGGAGUUGAGUAGCUAUGUGACUGGCGCACAGAUUUUGGUUGAUGGUGGACUUUUUGUUAACCUUCAGUAAGAAUUUGGGGGUAACAAAUUGAAUAAUUGCAUCGUGUCGUUGGCUUGCAUGGAUAUAUACAAUACCCUAUCGAUAGGGUCAAUUUUCCUCUGUUUCGCAUGUCGUCUCUAGACACGUCAUUGGAUUGUUGAAAAGUACAUUCUACCUGCCACGUGCAGGUGGACUUUGAUUUGUCGUAGGUAGCUUGAUGUAUUGAAGCAUUUUAACAAAGC